AUGGAGCCCCUUCCUCCCAAGCAGGAGUCGGCGCUGAAGGCCCUGGGGACAGAAGGUCUCUUUCUCUUUUCCUCCUUGGACACAGACCGGGAUAUGUACAUCAGCCCCGAGGAGUUCAAGCCCAUUGCUGAGAAGCUGACAGGGUCCGCUCCUGCGGGCGGCUACGAGGAGGCGGAACUGGCCCUCGACCCCAGUGAGGAGACGCUCACCAUAGAAGCCCGAUUCCAGCCUCUGCGCCCGGAGUCCAUGACCAAGAGCAAAGACGGGUUCCUGGGGGUCUCCCGCCUGGCCCUGUCCGGCCUCCGCAACUGGACAACGGCAGCCUCGCCAAGUGCGGUGUUCGCUGCCCGCCACUUCCGGCCCUUCCUUCCUCCUCGGGGCCGGGUGGAGCUGGGCGAGCCCUGGUGGAUCAUCCCCAGUGAGCUGAGCGUCUUCACCGGCUAUCUGUCCAACAACCGCUUCUACCCACCACCACCCAAGGGCAAAGAGGUCAUCAUCCACCGGCUCCUGAGCAUGUUCCACCCUCGGCCCUUCGUGAAGACCCGCUUUGCCCCUCAGGGGGCUGUCGCCUGCCUGACGGCCAUCAGCGAUUUCUACUACACUGUGAUGUUCCGGAUCCACGCCGAGUUCCAGCUCAGCGAGCCGCCUGACUUCCCCUUCUGGUUCUCACCUGGCCAGUUCACCGGCCACAUCAUCCUCUCCAAAGAUGCCACUCACAUCCGAGACUUCCGGCUCUUCGUGCCCAACCACAGGUCUCUGAACGUGGACAUGGAGUGGCUGUACGGGGCUGGUGAGAGCAGCAACAUGGAGGUGGACAUUGGCUACAUCCCCCAGAUGGAGCUGGAGGCCCUGGGCCCAUCGGUCCCCUCCAUGAUCCUGGAUGAGGAUGGCAACAUGAUCAACAGCCGUCCGCCCUCAGGGGAGCCCCUCCAGUUUGUGUUUGAGGAGAUCAAGUGGCAGCAGGAGCUGAGCUGGGAGGAGGCCGCCCGGCGCCUGGAGGUGGCCAUGUACCCCUUCAAGAAGGUCACCUAUCUGCCAUUCAUCGAGGCCUUCGACCACGCCAAGGCCAAGAACAAGCUGGUGCACUCAAUUCUGCUGUGGGGGGCCCUGGAUGACCAGUCCUGCUGAGGUUCGGGGCGGACUCUCCGGGAGACUGUCCUGGAAAGUUCGCCCAUCAUCGCCCUCCUCAAUGAGAGCUUCAUCAGCACUUGGUCCCUGGUGAGGGAGCUGGAAGACCUGCAGAAUGACCAGGAGAACCCGUCCCACAAGAAGCUAGCUGACCUGCACCUGGAGAAGUACAGCUUCCCCGUGGAGAUGAUGAUUUGUCUGCCCAACGGCACUGUGGUCCACCACAUCAACGCCAACCACUUCUUGGAUAUCACCUCCAUGAAGCCCGAGGAUAUUGAGAACAAUGUCUUCAGCUUCUCAUCCACCUUUGAAGACCCGUCCACGGCCACGUAUAUGCAGUUCCUGAAGGAGGGCCUUCGGCGUGGCCUGCCCCUCCUCCAGCCCUAG